ACACCAACAAGUGAACAAAAUGAAACAAACCCAAAAAAAUAAUAAUCGUAAUAAGAAUAUUUUCCUCGGGCCUGCUCUGUCAGUGUCCUUGCUCCCUCAGUGAACCAGAGCCAGUCCCCACUUCCCCUGGAGGCCUUCCAGUACUUCUAGGUUGGUCUCUGGACCUGCUGUGGACUCUGUGGGGCCAGCUCAGACCCUGACCUGACCUAACUCGCCCAUGUUCUUGCCCCCAGAGUCCACUGCUGCGAAGGCCAGACCAGUCUCAGUUGUGGGAACACUCAUUGUCCAUUCAGGUAUUCCACAGAUGUGGGAUUUACCAAGCCGAUCUUGGGGAUUUAAUCCAUGGCCUGUGCAGCUGCACAGAAAGAUUUCCAUUCCUCUUCCUCAGUCGCACCGCCCCUGGGGCUCAGCUUUGGUUUUGGCCCCGCAUCCACCUGUGCGCCAUCCUUAGGCAUCUGUUCCUUGCGCAGCUGAGAGGGAGCAAAAGCAGUGGCUGCUUGGGGCUGGGGUGGGGUACAGAGGGCACAGUUGGGGUGUGUGUGAGUUGCCUGCAGCAGCAGGGACCAGCAGGCCAUUGCAACAGACUGUGGCAUGCUCGCUGUGCCAGGAGUACCUCCCAGAGAUGGUGGAGGCAGGAGCUGGCAUGCGGGGGCAGGGGCAACCCCCCACCACUCACCACUCAACAAUGACGCCUCACUUUCCAGGCAGAUGACGCUUCCCCUAGGGGCAUUUGGAGCCACGCAUCCCCUGACACCCGUCCCCUCUGCUGUUCUGCGCAGCCAACAGAGCUCCUCUCCCUGAUCUGCUCUCCCAACCCCACACUUUAGCAUUCAGCGCCUGCCAGCAUCAGUACACUUCCGUCCCAGGCAGGGGAGCCCAGGGCUGAUUCCCAAGGAGGCUUUGGGAUGGGUGGCGCUCAGGCCCCUUGAGCCCAGGUGGGCGUAGGAGACCCUGACCCGAGGGGCAGGCAAGCCCACUCAGAUGGGAGCCCCUCCCAGUGCCUGUGGAGGCGCAAGAAGCCAGCAGGUGGGGAGACGGGUUGUAAUGGCGUCCCCGCCCCUUGCGUGCCACUCAACAAUGACGCCUUGCGUCUAUGGCGUCCUGCACUUUUCCCGCAGACUUUCCUGGUUGUGUAGCUCCUUACUCCUGGCCCUUCAGGCUGUCUUUUCACAGCCAACAGCUGUCCCCUCCUGGGUCCGCACUCCAAAUCCCACUUUCCAGCACCAAGCCCUGCCCUCCACAACUGGCAACUCAGGACUCAGGCUGGAAUGUGCAGAGCUGCAAUGUAGACCACUUGUGUAGUUCUUACCUUGUCCUGCCUUCUGCAGACUGUCUGCUGCAUUCUCCUUUGAUCCCCCAAAGGUCCUUUUCUGUCACAGCUAAUUUCCCCACCGAGAGGGAGUUUUUCUGAGUGCGGGGACCUCCUCUCACCUUCAGCUUCCCGCCAGGGGUGCUGAUCCCUGUUUUGCUUCCUCUUUUCUUUUUAUCUUCUUUCUUUCCUCCUACAGGUUAUGAGGGGAUUUUUCUUGUCCUUUUAGGUGUCCGAAGUCUUCCGCUAAUGUUUAGCAGGUGCUCUAUGAGAAUUGUUCCAUUUGUAGAUGUAUUCUUGAUGUAUAUGUGAGGAGAGACGAAUUCCGCGUCCUUCUAUUCUGCCAUCUUGAGUCCCCCCGCUCACCUUGCUUUAUGUAGUUUUCUACUUGAAAAUCCACCCAGAGAAUUGACAGUUGAAUCAUUUCAGUGUAUUUUGAGGUAGUUUCAGUGAACUAAAUUGUUGUGGUGUGUGAUGUUAACUCUUUCACUGUGAGGUGGGAGGCAUCUUUCCUUACUGGACAGUUAUCACAGUUCUCCUGGGUUUCUCACUUUACUUCCUAGACCCAGAGAGGGACUUCCCAGUAACUGGUCUCUGGAUCUUGUCUCCUGCCUUUGCUUUUUGUCUCCUUGACUAAUGUGGUUUUUGGGGACCUAUACCUGCCCUUCUGGUGACAGUGCCUUUACACACUGAUGCCUGGUCAAUGCUCAGUUACUAGGCUACAUGUAGAGUGGGAAAAACUAUAAAAUUGGCACCAUCUAGCGGGCCUGGCCCUCUCUGCCUGACUUGUACAUUAUUCUUAGAUCUUCUCUGUUGAUCUAAUUACAUUCAAAAAGUACUUUUUGGAGCCUCCGACAGAGAAAUGAAACUCCUCACAUAGUCCUGAACAAAGCUGUGUCCUCCAUCUGGGGCAUGAGCAGCUUUGGGAGAGAUGCAUUUGGAGAGAUGAGGAAGCAGGGAUCACCUUCCUGGUUAACGAGAUAACUGAUCAAUAGGAUGGUGUAAAUCAAAACCAGAUCUCCCUCUCAUCCAGGUGUUUUUAUGCACUUACCAUCCUCAGAGUACUGUGCAUAGCUCAGGCAUUAGCACAUUGUUUGGCUAAAUGGUAUCUGUAAUGUCCGUUCAGAGACAUUUCCGUAUCUCCUGGGUCGGAGCUAUGACAUGAAACUGCAGCCGGCUUUAUAAAGCAGCCAAUGUAUCUGAAUGGAAAGACACUAAGUUCAGAGAGGAGGGAGAUCACUGUAGUCCUGAGUGUAUUGGCCAAGCUUUUCAAAGAGAUGAAACUUGAACCAAGACCUACAAGGACGUUUAUCAUUAACUUUGCCUGCACUGUUUUCUGCUUCUUACCAUUAGUGAUCCUGGCAGUUGGUUUUGACAUCUUAGGAUAGAAGCUACUUAAGGAGAGCUUAAUUUCACAAAUCCUGAUGCUUUGUGUAUUUCAGCUUAAAACUUAACUUUCUCUUAAUUCCAAAGAUCCUAAUAAUAGAAAACCGUUAACUUCUCUUUGGGCAAGUGUAGCUGUCCUGCUCUCCUGACAGUUUCUCUUCUCCUCCAUUUAGGUUAUAAAUACAUGGGGCCUGGGACCAUGUGUUUCUUAUCCUUACUUUAUAAUUCCCUAUGGAUAAGACUGGCCUGAUUCUUACAUUGUAAUCUAAUCACUUACUAAGAGGUCUCGGGGUUUGUUGAAGGUGAUGGAUUAGCCUCUCAAGCGCCCCAGCCCAAACAGUGCUGGUUGUCUUGGGCAUUCCCAUCACCUGCCUUCCCUGAUCCCUAUUUCUGUUCCAACCAAAUAUGUUCCUGCUUUUUUCCCCUGAUCACCCCAUUUCUAUAGCACAUUAAAUAUACUUUUAAGGAGGUGUCAAGACUUCUUUUAAGAAUAUGGGGUUUUAUUCGCAAUAACACAUAUACAUAAACCAGGAGAUAGGCACAGUGGCAGAUGAGAUCCGACCAAGCACAGAGACAACGUUAAUUGAGAGUAUCCAAGUUAAUUUAAAACCCAUCAAGUUCAUAUACCCUUACUUUUUAACUUAGUAAAUGUUUUAAGCUACUGUGUUUUAUCUCAGUUAACAUAAUGAAGCUUUCCUCACUUUUUCCAAUUCACUAAAAACAUUUUUACUUACCUAUUGCUUUUAGACAACUUAUGAAGCAUUUCUCUGUGGUUUUCUUUUGCAAAUGGGCUGGUUUCACUAUGUGGGCCUUAACUUAUAAAUUGUUGUCUCUUAUUCUCUUUGUGAUCCACCUUUCAUUGUGUUUAGCAGGCGCUGGUUGCUUUGUAAUAUUGAAAAAACAACAUGUAGGUAUACUUGGAAAGAAUAGAGAGCAGUGAAAUUUUGUAUAUUGCAAACUGUUUUUCAUAGACUAUCAUCUUAAAACAUAACCCAAGGCAAAUGUGGAAGUCUUCUCACCAUUAAUGCUGCAGAGAUUCAUUUAUUUAACAUUAAACAGAUAUCUCUUGACUUCCCACUUUGUGCCAGGUAUAGUUCCAAGUGCUGAAAAUCUAGCAGUAAGCCAGACAGACAAGGACCUUGCUCUUUACAAGCAUACAUUCUAGCCAGGUUUGCAGUGGAGAUGCAGGCAUUAAACAAAUAAUCAAAUACAUAGCCUGUAGAGAUGGCAGUGAUUUCUUGAUUCUUUUUCCCUCUACCAUGGCUUCAAGGCCAUUUCUACAACCUUAUUUUCUAUAGUGUUGAGUUGAAUUUAGUCUCAUAGUACUACUACCCCCAUCUACAUAAGGGCCUGUUCUAGUACAGGAGAGAAAGUACGGAGAGGCACCUGGUAGGGUCAAGUUUCUCAUUGUUAAACUGAAACUAAAUGUACUUCACUCUCAGGACUGUAGAGGUGAGGAUUCAUUCACUCAUUCAGCAAACAUUUAUUGAGCAGUGUAUCACUCAGGGUUCUAUUAUGUUCCAGGCUAUAUAACAUCUACAGGCAUGCCCUUAAGUACCUAGCUGGAAAGACAAAGACAUAAAAUAAAUAAUUACUGAUAAAUGUUACAGUAAAAACAUAUAUCAAGUACAAGGAGGGGGCCACAAAAGCAUUAAUUAACUCUGCCUGGGGGAAGGUCUCACCAUAAAGUGUCCUCUAAACUGUGACUUAAAGGUAACUGGAAAUACAGCACACUUCAUUUACUCAGGAAAGUUUACUGAGCCAAGCACAGUUGUGGGCCCUGUAGACACAGCGGUGAACUAGGCAAAAUCCCUGCUCUCUUGGCAGCACAGAGACAAACAAUAAACAGAGAGAUAAAUAAUUAUAUAUUAGGUGGCAGUACCUAUUAAUAUAAAAAAAAGAGUAGGUUAAUAAAGGGAACAGAGAGUGACAAGGGUUGCUGUUUUAGAAAGAGUGGUCAAGGAAAGCUUCUCUGUCGAAGUGACAUUUGAGCAGAAUCUUGAAUGAUAUGAGAGAAUGAGACCAACAAGCAGGGGAAGCUGUUUCUGAUAGAAGGAGCAGCAUGAAGAAAAGCAUAAUAGCCACGAAAAUUGUGGCAUCUUUAUUACAAAGUGAAGUAUUCCCACUGAGCAUGGAUGGAGUAAGCUGGGGGUGCAGAGAGCUUGGGGAAGUGUGGUAGACGAGGCUGGGAAAGGAAGGAAGAGGGGGCCAGAUGGUGAAAAACACUGUGUUCCAUACUCAGGAUUUGGAAUGCCCACCUUGUUGAUUGGGGAAAGAGGGGCUAGAUUUUGAAAAAAAUUAAGAGAAAAAUGACAUGGUUAGAUUUUUUUUUUCAUUCGGUUGGGUUUGGUUAGGUUUGUUUUGGUUUGGUUUGGUUUGGGGAAAAUUACCUCUAGCACAGGUAUGAAAGAUAAACUUGAAAGGAGACGCAGAAGAAACCAAUUGUAAGGUUAUUAUGAUAAUGCAAGUGAGAAAUUAUUUGGCCUAAAUUAAAACAGUAAGAUGAGGCUAGAGAGGAGACCGUAGAGCUCAGCUGUUUUAGGAGACCCACAACGGAAGAUUUGAUGCCCUGCGGAGCAUGGGAAAGGUCAGGAACAAUUCCUGUGUUUCAGUUUGGGUGACUGAGUGGGUGAUAAUGCCAUCAACCAGCUCAGGGAGCCCUAGAGGAGCAGCGGGCUUAGAAAUGCAUAUAAUGAAUUUGAUUUGGGGCAAUGGGAAAUACAGACUGGAAAUUAAAAGAAAAGUCAAGGCUGAAAUACAGAUUUGACUGUUACCAGCGUUUCAUGGAAUUUAAAACAGAGGCGCAAGAAGAGUAGUCAGCAUUGUCAGAUACUGCAGAGAAGUUUAAUAAGAUGAAGACUUUUAAAAGGCUGCCAGAUUUGACAGUUGGAAGGUCACCAAUGACUUCAUCAAGAGCAAUUUCAGUAGAUGUGGGUAGAGUAGAGCCUCAUCAUGGUUGAGUUGGAGAGUGAAAGGGCAAGAGGCUGGGAUUAUCCAGCCAGGAUCGCUGUCCUCUCUUCUUUCCUAAAGCUCCUCCUUGGAAGCUUUGAACCAGAGGUCUGAUCUUCUCUUCCCCUUCCCUCCUUAGCUUUCUCCACCCAGGGCCUAGGACUGGUUACCCGAGCUGGGGACAUGAUGGAGGGACAAAUAUUCUAAGAUCCUUGGGUCUCUGAUGGGAGAGAUGUCAGGGAUAGAGGAGCCUGAUGUUGGUGAGUAAGGUAUUGCAAGGAGUGUCCUCCGUAGGGAACAGCAGGUAGGGCCAGUCCAGAGACCUGUCUCCAGAGGGGAGAAAGAUGAAACACAUAGACCUCUGUUGUAUGUGCAAACUCUGGACCAGGAAGCUGAGGUAGGAUGGGGAGCAAAGGACUUGAAGGACUGGUGGGGCAAACAUGGAAUUAGUCAGGAAACCUGGCCCCAGUGAGAGUGGAAUCUGACGGAGUGCGGGGGUGAGGGACAGAAUCUGACAGUAAACUGAUGUUAACUAGAAAUUCAGGCAGGGAUGCUUAGGUUUCCUAGGGCACAGGGACUGAAGAUGUGCAGUGGAAAGACGUUGGCAGUACUUGUGACCAUGAAGAUAGCAGUGAGGGGACAGUUAAUGAAUUAAGGGGUAGCAUAAAGAAAAAAAACCUGGCAUAGAGAUAUUUAACAAAUAUUUGUGAAGCCUGAAGCGGUCAUUCACAUUACGUGGAGGAAAGAGAUUAGAUACCAGAGUUCAGAAGAGCUGAAAGGAAACACCUAGGUUCUCUUCAGGGAGAGGAUGGACUCAGUGACUAAGGGAUCCCAGACAGCUUGGAGCUGCAAAGCCCAAGAGAGAAACUUGCACUUCCGAAGGAGUUGGAAGCAAAGUUCAGGGUAGGGGAGCCCCUCCCUUAACCCUGGGGACCAGGCAGUUAUCAGUAGGAUCUACCAGAUUUCCCCCGCCAGCUCCCAUACACACCCUCGGCCUCAGUUUCUCCCGCCUGCACCGCCACCUCAGCCCACUGGGGGGCGGGGCUCGAGGGCGAGGCUGGUGGCUGUUCUGAAGCCUCGAGAGCCGUCCGUUCCUACCAGACUCCCUGCUCUGAGCGGUCUUACCCCAUGGCCGGACACAGCCCCUCAAACUUCCCCGUGUCGGGCACUGGUGGGGACAGGCCCGCAGGGCCAGUGCCGGUGGGGGUUGACACUCCAAUCGAGUUGAGCGCCCAGGCGGCCCCCGGCAGGCUGAUGGUCCGGCCAGAGGUCAGGCCGGGGAUGUGCCCAGACCCUGAGGUGUGGGCACUGUCCCCAGGUCCCCCGCCGUGCGAAUUCCAGGAUCGGAUGAUGCCUUGCCGGCCCCGGGUCGGAGCUGGCGAGGCGAGCGCUUGGUUCCCAAGACCCUCUGAGGUCGCCUUCCCCGGGCCCUGCAUCAUCCUGCCGUGCAUCCCGACGCUGGCGCUGCCAGAAGACGUCUCUGCCGUACAGGAGAUGGAGCAGUUGGCCAAGGAGCUGAGGCAGGAGAGGAUGACCCUGGGGUACUCUCAGGCCGACGUGGGGUUGCUCAUGGGGGCUCGUUUUGGAAGGGCGCUGAGCCAGACGACCAUCUGCCGCUUCGAGGCCCAGCAGUUGAGCCUCACCAACAUGUGGAAGCUGCGACUGCUGCUGAAGAUGUGGCUGGAGCAAGUGGACAUGGAGAACCUUCUGGGCUUAUGCAAAAUGGAGACGAUCCUGCAGCAGGCUGGGAAGCGCAGACGGGCAUACAGGGAGAGACACAUCGGAAACAGCCUGGAGAAGCUCUUCCUGCAGUGCCAGAAGCCCACACCCCAGCAGAUCAGCUGCAUCGCUGGGCAGCUCCAGCUGCAGAAGGACUUCGUCCAAGUUUGGUUCCAUAACUGGAGCAAGAUGGGCAGUCGGCCAAGCAAUGAUUUCUCCCCACUGGCGGAGGUGGGGACUGUCUGACCUCCUCUCCCAAGAGGACCAGUGUGCUUUCCCCUGACAUCGGGACUCCAUUUCUGUGUCCCCCAUUAUGGGGGACCCUACUGUACACCGUUGUACCCCUGCCUCUUUCACUGCUGGAGGAACCCUCCUCUCUGCCCUGGCCACCACCCUGAGCCUCCCCAGGCUUUCCAGCUGAGGGGCCUGCCUUUCUGGGGAGGGCCAAUCCGGGGAAACGGGCCCCUGGGGUUCACUUAAAGGCUUUUAGCAUUAAGUCCUCCAUUAGUUGUCUAAAGAAGUUAAGAAUACGUAAGGGAGAGGGAUGGGAGCUGUUUAGAAAAAUUUGGGGAGGGAGGUUGAAGCUUACGGCUGUGUUGUUUUUCCCUUUGUUUUUCCUUAGCAUUGGCUUUAAGGUACAUUCCAAAACGUAGAUGGUUUUAGAUAUUUUGUUUCUCUCUGUUUAUUAAUUGAAAAGUAAUUGUGUCUCUUAUUCCACGUGGUUAUCAGUAAACAGGGAUAUUCUUAUGAACACAAUACUGAGUGAAAAACUCAGGUCACAGAAGACUAUGUCAGUGUAUUAUUUCUAUCAAAACCAAGCAGAACUUUGUGUGAACACAGAGUCCAAGAUAAUCGUUGCCUCCAGGGGAAGGUUUGACGAUGGGACAGGAAAAGAGUACAUAGAGCCUACCCAGAGCCCUUGUUGAAACACAAGAGUUUGCCGGUUCUCCCCCUUUUCUUGAAAGAUGUGUUUUUUUCUAAUUCACUUUUCAGCUCUGUUUGGUUUAUUCCCUGGGAAUUUCCCUUACUUUCUUUUGAGCUCAGAAAUGCUUUGUAGAGGAUAUUUGUGAUAGUUGAUCCAACUAUCCAACUCCCUGGUGGCUUUUGCAGUGGUGCAUCUUAAAUCACUUUUCCAAUCUCUUCCAUGAAAUUGGUCUUUUCCAGUUUUCUACUUCUACAUUGGUCAAUAUGGGUCAUCGUAUACUAGACAGAAGUCAUUAAUCCCUCUGUGUUUUCACACCUGUUGCCGUACACCUCCAUGUAAUAUUUAUGGUUUUAUAAUUCUGUCACCAUAUAUUAUACCUGAGUUUAUGUAUUCUUUUUGCUUACUAAUCUUGUCCAUUUUUUUCUCUACUUUUUUCCUUAAUCAGUCUUACAAAGAAUUUAUCUACAGGUAUUUUCAAAUAACAAGUUUUUUAUUUUUAAUCCUAUUUACUGUUUUUAUUUCCUAAUUAUUUAAUUUUAGGUUUAUUUUUAUUAAUUGCUUUUUUCUAGUUUCUUCCAAUAUGUAUUUCUUCCUCUUGUCAAUGUCUGAAAAUAGAGCACUGUCAAGACACGUAGGUUAGUGAAAAUGGAGCCAAACUUCAAAAAACCAAGAGUAUGUUGUCAGUGGUUAGCAGUGUCAUAUGUCAGAGAUCUAAUAACAUAAAUCAAGUAAGCUACAUCAUUUCAUUAACAAAGAUGUUACGGGUACAUGUCUUAGAACAAUUUCAGGGGAGGAGUUAGUAGAGGCAGGUUCCAAACAACAGUCCAAAGUCUUCAUAUUUGCCAGAUUUUCCCCUACCUCAGUUAAAAACAUAAAUUCCAACCACUCACUCAAUGAGAUCUUUGCCAUCAUUCUGAAAAUUUCUGUAUCAAAUGUUUCCUUUAUCUUGUAUUUCCUUUUGACAAGGCAGGUAUUCUUAACCUGAAGAUGCCAAACCUCUUUGAGGUAUAAGCAGAAUAGCGUUUUUGUACAUAUGUGCAUUUUCUUCAAAGAUGGUGAUGGUAGCCUUCAUCACAUUUCAAUGGGGACCAUGACUGUGUAGAUCUACGAUUUUAGAAUUUAA